AUGAGUGUGAGGGAGGCUAUGGAGCGGUCUCUUAAUGGUAGCAAGAUCAUACUCAGGUUGAAUGAGAAACUGCAAGUAGUCGGAGAUGGAGAUGGCCUGUUGAGUGGCAUUCUAGAAGCGUUGGGUUCUGAUUACAACAAAUUUCCUAUCUGUGAAAAGAUUUGGACAAAAAUGCAGGGCAAAGACAGGGUUUAUGAUGAUUGCAUAAAGGAGAUGUUCCACUUUCAGGAAGAUAGUGGUGGUAGAAUUAAGAAAACAUUUUUGCAACAAAUGGGGAGGUCCUGGAAGGAUACAAGGGGGAGGCUGUAUAACUCGUAUUACAAACUAACAAGGACUCUUGAGCAGAAUCUUGAGAAGCGCCCGGAGGGAAUUCCUAGAGAGCAUUGGAGGUGGUUCAUUGAUUAUCAUAAUGAUCCUGCAACAAAGGAAAAAAUAUCUGAGAUUGAGCAGCUGGAUAAAUCUACAAGAAUAUUGUCAGAAAAUGAUUCCCUUGCCCAAGCUCUUGGUAAAGAGCACUCGGGUAGAGUGCGUGGCAUAGGUUUCGGGCCGAUACCAAGUCAAUUCUUCCGUCCGAGUUUACAGCCACUGGUGGAUAGAGUUCAAGUAGAAGAGGCCAAAAGGAUGCUGUGUGAACUACAGGUGGAGGUGACGAACGAAAAAGUAAAAAGGAAAGCAAUGAAGGAUGAAUUAGCAGCAGCGAAAACAAAGAGGCAGACAAUAGAGAGUGUGCUGAGUUAUCUGGCCCAACAGCAAGGUGGGGAGCUGCCACCAGAGAACACUGCACGGAUGAAUUCUUUGGAUGGAUAUGGCGAAAAAUAG